UAAAGCGAAAUGAGUCCAUAUGAUCCGGUAAUACGGAGGUACGAUAUAUAAAAGCCCACUUCUAUGUAUUUUACAAACAGCAGUUUUUUGUUUCUAGUUAAUAUAAAUUAUUAGAAGAAGGACUUUAUUUUACUUUCUGUCUCUCUCUGCUUUCUAAAGUUGAAGAAUUAUUUAAUUAUAAUUAUUGAAGAAUUGUAGAAUGGAACAAGCUAAAAACAAGAGAUAAAAUGUUCAUAUGUGUUUAAGAGAGAUCAAAAAUGAACAAACCUAUGAUAGACAUAAACUCAAUGACUAUUCAAGAGUUGGAGAGUCUUCCUGGAAUAGGUAAAGCUAAAGCUUCAGCUAUUAUUAAUCAUAGGGAAGUGCUCUCCAGUUAUCAAUCACUAUCUGAUCUUAUUUCUGUUGAAGGAAUAACAAAGACUUUAAUAUCAAAAAUACAAGAAGAAUACGUUAUAGUAUUCAGUAAAAGCAAAGAUCAACAAUGCAACUCAACUUUAAAAAACCAAAAUAAUAUUUUAAAAAGACAGUAUAAAUUAGACUCUAAUAUUUCACACUGGAAAACCGAUAAAGAGAAUCCUUCUCCAGAUAAAAGAUGUAAAAAUAGUGAUGUUUCUCAUGAUGAUUUGUUAUUAAAUAAUCAAAUUUGUGCUACCUCAAUUUCUUCAUUGUGCAAUUCAUUUCUCAAUGCUGAUCACACUGUUUCAUAUAAAAAUGAUAUUCCUUAUGGUAUGCCUCAAUGGUUAAAUCAGUUUAAAUCAUGGGGGAGAGAAGAAAGACUUUAUGCUAUAAAUGAACUGAUUGGUUUGUGUGACAUGUCAAUUGUUCGUCAUAUGAUGGCAAAAAUUGAACCUUAUUUUCAAAGAGACUUCAUAUCGUUACUACCAAAGGAACUUGCUUUAUAUGUGCUAUCUUUUUUAGAACCAAAACAUUUGUGCAAAGCUGCCAUGACAUGUCGGUAUUGGAGAGUGUUAGCUGAAGACCACUUGUUAUGGAAAGAAAAAUGUAGUGAGUAUGAGAUGCUUUGCUCAUUGGAUGAUUUAUCAAGUCAAACAUCAAACUACAAACAACAUUUCUUAUAUUCUCACAAGCUUGAAUCCAAUUGGAGGUAUCAAAGUCUAAGAGCUCCCAAGUACUUAAAAGGACAUGAUGACCAUGUGGUUACAUGUCUACAAUUUGACGGAAUUCGAAUUGUUAGUGCUUCUGAUGAUAAUACACUAAAAGUUUGGUCAGCAAUCACUGGAGAUCUAAUCAGGACGCUAGUUGGGCACACAGGCGGAGUGUGGUCUUCUCAACUUUCUGGCAACACUGUUAUCAGUGGAUCAACAGACAGAUCUUUGCGCGUUUGGGAUGCAGACUCUGGAGAAUGUUUACAUGUGUUGCAGGGUCAUACCUCAACUGUUCGUUGUUUAGCCAUGCAUGGAAACCAAGUUGUAAGCGGCUCUAGGGAUGGGACAUUAAGAGUGUGGAAUUUUGUUCAAGGAACAUUGCUACAUGUACUUAUUGGUCAUGCAGCUGCUGUCAGAUGCGUUCAAUUUAAUGGAAAAAAAGUUGUCAGUGGAGCAUAUGAUUAUUUGGUCAAAAUUUGGGAUGUUGAGUCAGAAAUGUGUCUUCAUACACUUUCUGGUCACACCAAUCGUGUUUAUUCGUUACAGUUUAAUGGCAUUUAUGUUGUGUCUGGAUCAUUAGAUACAUCUAUACGUGUUUGGGAUGCUGAAUCUGGUGAACUUCUGCAUACACUGCUUGGACAUCAAUCUCUUACAAGUGGAAUGAUGUUGAAAGACCAUUUUUUGGUAUCUGGAAAUGCAGAUUCUACUGUAAAAAUUUGGGAUAUUAUUACUGGAAAAUGCUUGCAUACACUUUCUGGUCCACAUAAACACUUAAGUGCAGUUACCUCUCUUCAGUUUAACUCAAAGUUUGUAGUGACGAGUUCUGAUGAUGGCUCAGUAAAGUUGUGGGACAUGAAAACUGGAGAUUUUAUUCGCAAUUUAGUUGAGUUGGAUAGCGGAGGCAGUGGAGGUGUGGUAUGGAGAGUCAAAUGUAAUGAUAAAAAAUUAGUUUGUGCUGUCGGCAGUCGAAACGGAACUGAGGAUACAAAACUACUAAUUCUUGAUUUUGAUGUUUUCGUAUGAUAAUUGAUCGUGAUUUAAUAGUAAUUAUAUAAUUUACUAAAAUUUCCUCCGACAAAUUUCUUAUGUAAGUAGUAAUUAUUUUUUUAAUCAAUUUAAAAUGAAUUUUUUUUCCUUUAAAUCCUUACUCAGCAUUCAUUAAUUUAACUCAUUCGUCUAUUUUAACUUUUUUUGUUGAAUAAAGACUAAAGAAGGUGAAUAAUAAAAAUGCUAUUAAACUUGGUUUUUAAGAAUUUUUUUCUUGCUUUUCUGUUUUAAGAUUAACAGUUAAGAUUUUUGAAAUACAUUUGAAGUGCAAACAUGAAUUUUUUUAGAAUAUAGCUGCAAGUAUGUUUAUGAUAUUAAAAAUUGUAUUUAAUAUUCACACAUGAGAUUUUUUUUGUGUUACAAACAAUUAUUUUAUCAUGUUUCGGUUAUCGGAACGUUGUUCAAGAAUAAAACAAAUUUCUCCAA